AAUUUAAUUUGCAUUCUGCACAAUAAAACAUGGUGACUGCCACUUUAACAUAGGUUCUCUAUUUAAUGUAAGACAUAAAGUUUAUAUUGGAAUGUCUAGUGCAUUGUCAUAUUAAACAGAAAUCUUGGCACGGCAGCACUGUCACACAUUGUUACAAUUUUAUUAUCUUUCUUCACCACACUGAUUAUCUAAUUUAGAGAGCUUUGUAUGGGUAAUUUUCAAAAUGUCAAAGUGAAAUUGUCAUUGUUUUGGACAUUUGAACAUUAUGUUUAAGAUCCAAAUUGACAUUUUUCAGAUAAUUAGUCAAAAAUUGGAUUUACAAAUCACUUAUCAUGCUGGAAUUGAUCUGAAGUAUUGGGAUUUAAAUUGUAAUCUUUUGAACCUCGGACAAAAUUAUUGAGUGAUUUAAUAGAUAGUGGGAAUCAAAUUGUAUAAGUUAGUAUGUUGGUGAAAAACUUCAAGGAUGAAAUUUCUUAAAAAACCUGUAUGAUGCUAUAAUGGAAAGUGCGAGUGAUUCCGACUUUGAUUCGGAUGACUCGAUAGACUUCCUAUCAGAGUAUACCGACAUCGACGUAAACGGAUUUCUUGGUCGGGCCAUUGCGAUCUGGACCUAUAAUCGUCUAGAUAGUCUUACACUGUUCACACCAAAACCAGAUGAUACGUUGUUCCAGCUUGUAAAGUACGCUGAACAGAGGUUAAAGUUUAACAGAGAAAAUGAGAAAAUAAUGGUAAUGGAUGCAGGUGAGAAAGUUCCAAGAGAAAUGAAGGACGUGUACUUGCUAAAACCUGGCAGUGUAAUCAUGGUUUUACCUAAAAGGAAUUUAAACUUAACUGUUGAAAUAAAUCAAUUAAACACAAGGUUUCCAAUUAGUGCAGAUCCAAUGUGUACAGCAUAUGAUGUGAAAACUUACAUCAAACGUGUUAAGGGGAUUCCCAUAGAUCAGCAAGAUGUCCUAUACAGAGACAAGGUGCUUGAGAACGCAAGACGACUUUAUGAAUAUAAAGUGAAAAACGGGACUAACAUGCAUGUUCUGAUACAAGUUCAUUUUGAUGUCAUAGUUCAUGUUGAGACUUUCUGGGGAAAAACAUAUCGACUGUAUGUGGACAAGUGUAGCACAAGUAGUGACCUCAUUUACCGUGUAUUUGGGAGAACAUUUAGCAAACAUGGAAAAGAACAUGUGACAAUGCACGAGUUAUACGUGCCCAUUCAUGUUCUAGUCUUUCAACAUAACAAACGAUCCCUUAAUUGGAAUUACUGUCUAGGAUUCUAUGGUGUAAGGAAUGGGGAUAAUCUGGUGCUAAACACUGUUGGUCGUCAUAGUGAUAUGAAUAUACAAACAUUGAUGGUUGUUACUGAACUUGGUGAAAACUAUGAAGUACGGGUCUCGCAGUUUGAUCGAUGGUCAGUGGUAGCAUUCAUUCUUCAUGGACACACAGACGUUCCUGUUGACCUUAUAAGAUUAUUCCGGAACGAAACACAACUAAACUUCACUGGAAAUAUUGGCUUUGUGCCAAAGAACACUUUGAUAAUGAUGAACAUAAUGAUGACUAAUGUUGAUAAGGACAUGAUGUUUGGAAUACCCCUUAGAAUCAAUAUUGGUAAUGGAAUUGUAGAAAAUAUCAAAGUUUCUCCAACCAAGAAAGUUAAAGAUAUCAAAGAAAGACUUGAAGAAAUUGGGGUUCCAAAUGCUACACUGGAUGAACUUGCUACAGGUCAGUUCAAACUGCCUGAUCAUGCAAAGAUCAAAGAUGUGGUGACUGACAUUGGGAAACUGUUGUACCUAAAAGUUGAAAGAUUUCCAAUGUUUAUUCAUGCUCCUGAUGGGACAAUAUAUAGAACAAUGAUUGAUGUCAACCACACAAUGAAAAGUCUGAAACAAAAGAUUGAAAUGAAAUCAGGCCAUGCCAUAUCAAGCUGCCGUUUGCUGCUAGCUGGACAAGAACUAAUCCUUCAGGACAACCAUGUUCUCUAUGACAGCGGAUUUUCUACAAGGAAUUCCAUUUUUGUAGAAACAGCGCAAAUGUUUGAAACAUUUUUCAUCACAAAUGGGGAUCUUCUGAUUAAGUUGCGUGUUCCGGCAAGACCAACGCAAGACAAUAUCAAACGUAGUAUCUGGGGAACAAGAGAUAUUCCUGAGGGUUCUAUUACAUGUCUACAGACAUUCCUCUUUUGGUUCUUUUCACCACGAAGGAAUAAGAAGUUUUAUCUCCCAAAAAGAAAAAGAAACCGGAAAAGAAUUCCACCAUCCAAUGAACCACUCCACUUGUUUUCUGACAGGUAUGGCAAGAAGUAUGAUGACAGAAAUAUUUCUGACUUAAUGCUUGAGCUAGACCACAAGAAAGGUGAGCAUUUCAAGCCUCUGAUAUACCCAGAUGAUGUGCCAGAUGAAUUAAAAACUCACAGAACCUGGCCCAUUAGUUUAAAACGGCCAGUCCGUCCUCGCAGGAACAUAGAAGACUGGAUAAAUUCAACUAAUUAUGAGCCCAGAUUUGACAGAAAACAUACCAGAACUCCAACAAGGAAAAAAAGCUUCAGAACAUCGAGAAAACAACAAGAACAACAACAAGAACCUCGUCAAUAUCUUGGUAAUCAUCAUAUACAACCUCGUUGGUUGAAUAAUCUUUAUGCAAAAGAAGGAAAUCAAGGUUUGUCAUCAUCUGACGACACUGGCUUGGCAUAUCGCCAAAAUACAAAACAAGGGCAGACAACUUUCUACAAAAAGAAACACAGAAGAAAGACACCAACUCAUCAUCAGGGUGAUGCCAGUCUAUCAAAAUACCUCGGUCAUAAACGACAAAUGUUUAAUAAUCAGGAACUACAAAAUCUAAGUUCUGAUGAUGACAAUACAGAGACGUUUGAUGAAUUAGCAGACGACAGGCCAUAUAUAGUGUUAAGGUAGAUAAUCCAACCAUUGAAGCAGAAAGGCUGAAAUUUCUGAUAAGCUAUUAAGUUUGGCUAUAAAUAAGCAAGUUGACAAACUUAGUAAUAAAGUAUGAAUUGUUAUUUUGAAUAAAUUAUGCCUCCUGACUUCCUCUGCUGACAAAAAGAAUUGGAAAGAAUAUCUAAAGGAUUCAAACAAAUAGACAAUCGUAAUAAAAAAGUUCAACAGACUUUAUGUGAAAGUGCAACACAUACCAGAGUGCUUGAUAAAAUUUAUUAGUAAAAAUGAAAUUGA